AUGGCUCUUUCUGAGACGUGGGUACAGUUUGUAAUGGCCGCCACUCUUCCCUGCUCCACAGACCAGGCCAGCAUCCAGGCCGCCGCCCUGCCUGGCACUGACGGCUUUCUGGCCUCCCCGAGUGUCCCUGCAGGACUGGACGCGGCGUGUGCUGGCGGGAGUGGUGCUGCGGUGGAGGUUGUGAGGCCGGGCAGCAGCAUGAGCGGCCAGCGGCGGCGGCAACAGCGGCAGCAGCAGCAGCAACCAGCCUCAGGUGUGGGGAGGCACAGGUGUGGUGGCAAGAAUCACCUGGAGGCAGGCAGCUCUGUCCACAGAGGAGAGAGCAAGUUUGAGUGCCAGCAGUGUGACAAAACUUUUGUAUCCAGACAAGGCCUUGACUACCACACCCUGACACACCGUGGUGUUAGAAAUUAUGAGUGUGGUGAGUGUGGCAAGAAAUUUACCACAAAGUCUCAGCUCACCAGACACACCCUGACACACAGUGGUGUUAAGAAUUAUGAGUGUGAUGAGUGUGGGAAGAAAUUUACCCACAAGUCUUCCCUCACCACACACACCCUGACACACAGUGGUGUUAAGAAUUAUGAGUGUGAUGAGUGUGGGAAGAAAUUUACCCACAAGUCUUCCCUCACCACACACACCCUGACACACAGUGGUCUUAAGAACUAUGAGUGUGAUGAGCGUGGCAAAAGAUUUCCUACCAUUUCUCAUCUCAAUAAACACAUCUUCAGACACACUGGCUUGAGGGAGUUCAAGUGUGAUGUUUGUGGCAAGUGUUUCAAGACAAGGGGUUGAUAUUGCCAGGCAUAUGAGGGUCCACUUUUGAGGUGUGUUGUAUGCACGAGUGGGACCACACCCAUGCCUGUGAUGGUGGUGGUGGUGAUGGUGGUGGUGGCAGUGGCGGCAGUGGUGGCAACCGUGCCUGUGUGUGCUGUGAGGGAAUAAUGGCCCCAGCAAUUGUUUUGUGUGGUGGUGGUGGCGGUGGCGGCCAUGCCCAGGUGUGCUGUGAGGGAGCAGUGGCCGCAGCAGUUGUUUUGUUGGCAGUGCAGGUGUGACUUUCAAUAAAUGUGUGUGUAACAUCAUGCCACGUUCUUUUCCUUUUUGAGUGGUGGUGUGUCGGCUCCCUGUGUCUGGUGUUUGCUGCGCCAAGUUGUGGCAGCCACAAGCAUCGCCCCACACUUGCUUCGCUGGAUCUGAGCGGCCGCAUCCCUCACCACUCUGCCGGCCUGUCGGUGCUCUCUUGUGUGCACUGGGUGUGCCUGAGCCGUUGUGCUGACGCUGGGGAGUCUUCGGCAAGCACAAGUGUCUUGCGUGGUGGUAUUGCCUCUACUGCUGUACUGUUUGGGACCCCUAAACUCCACCUGCUUGUAAUGUUCGUGAUCUCUCUAACUUCAUGAGAUCUCCCUCCCGGUAAUGACACCGCCGUGUGCACAGCGCCUCGCCUCCCGCUCCUCCAACCCAGCGCACUGGUCACCACAUUGGUAUUGCAAGGUUUCUGAGUGAUAAAGUGGGUCUACCUGUCACAUGAGUUACUCCAGAGAUGUUUCAAAGUUUAUAAGUAGGUUUUACAAGGGUUAUAAGUGGGUAUUACAAAAUCUUAGUGGUAUUAGUAGUACUAGUGGUAUUAGCUACAGAGGCAAGACGAGGUGUGAAGUGGUUGUACCUGUCAUGGCAGCCACUACAGGGUUAUUACAAGGUCAAUAAGUGUGCUAUACAAGGGUUAAGUAGUUUUACUCGCAAUAUUUCCCGACCAAUCAAAGGCUACAACGAAGCUGCCAAGUGGUUCUGUCUGUCAUUAGCCACAACAGGCAUUUCAGACUGGUUGUAGUUCCAGCUGCUGCAUUACAAGGUUAACAUAACAGCGUAGGCAAUGGUCGGUAUUACAGCCGUCAUGUUGGUCACCACAGAGAUAUUGCAAGAUAUAUACGUGGUUGAGUGGUGCUGUAUUAGUCAGGGGAAGUGGGGAUGUGUUUAACGAAGCUUUUAAGUGGUUUCACCUGUCAGGUUAGCCGCCACAGAUGUAAUUUACACUGUGGUUAAGUAAUUACAUCUGCCGUAUCAGUUAUCACAGGUAUUUGAAGGUUUAUAAGCAAUUACACUCGUCAUACUAAUGAUGAGCUCAGGUGUUACGAGGUUCAUGAGUGACAAGAUGGUUCCCUCUGCCUCGCCAGACUCGCAGCACCCACCCCGCCUCUCUGCUUCAGUCACCAGCCUGCCCCUCCCUCCCUCCUUGCCUUCCUCCCACCCCCUGGACAGGCAGCGUGCAGGCUUGGUAGACACAGAUGAAGCAUUCUUUCCCCAGCACUUGCCUUCACACCCACGGCCACGCGCCCCUCCGUCACAGCGUUAACCACCCAACAAGCACCGCAUCACAGCCAGGCGGGGUACAACUGCCAUCAUGAUAGUUUGCAUCAACGACCCAACAAUACCCAAUUAUCUGCCACUACAGACGAGUAAUGUGUGCGUGGCUUCAUUAUCUUGUACACAGAGAGAGAGAGAGAGAGAGAGAGAGAGAGAGAGAGAGAGAGUUUGUUAAUUUAUUGCGCCAGUCUACAGAAAACACCAUACAAAACUACUCCUGACAGUAUAAAUUGAUAAUUCAGAUAAUGACCUGAUGAAGGCAAGCAGGUUAUGGUCUGGCAGCGUAUCAAAGGGAGUGACAGCAGACAUAAAUGAAUUAACGGUGCUGGUUUGGCUUGUUAACUACCUGUCAUGAAUUAACGGUGCUAGUUUGGCUUGUUAACUACCUGUCAUGAAUUAACGGUGCUACUUUGGCUUGUUAACUACCUGUCAUGAAUUAACGGUGCUACUUUGGCUUGUUAACUACCUGUCAUGAAUUAACGGUGCUACUUUGCCUUGUUAACUACCUGUCAUGAAUUAACGGUGCUGGUUUGGCUUGUUAACUACCUGUCAUGAAUUAACGGUGCUAGUUUGGCUUGUUAACUACCUGUCAUGAAUUAACGGUGCUGGUUUGGCUUGUUAACUACCUGUCAUGAAUCAUCUUUGGUAUGUGAUCUACACUUAAUAUUGCGAUCUGUGUGUUAUGAAUCUUUUGUAUGCAAUGUACACUUUAUAUUGUGAUCUACAACAAGAAAGGUUGUACUCAUCAAGAACAAGGAAAACACUUGUUCUGGUUUGGAGAGAAAAUGUCUGGUUAGAGCCUGACGCAGGAGUGGAAUGUAUGUUGUAGCGUCGAAGUUCCAAGAAGAGACCGUGAGACACUUCACCCAGUCAUUCAGAGAGAAGUCGCUGAAGGCUCAGUAAUCCAUUCCAAUGACUCGCCAGCUUACUCUAAUUUAAACCAACUCAAAUUUCAUCAUUUUUCCGUAAAUCAUCAUCAAUAUUACGGCGAUUCUAAAAUCGGAGGUCGUACUCAAGGAACUGAAAGAUCCUGGCUUGAUGCGAAGAUUCGUAUAUUGAAAAUAAUGUGAGGCAUCGAUCAAAGAACAUUUCAGUCACCGAGACUACUUGUGUUGGCGGAUGAUGACAAAACAAGCUCCUGACGUCUAUGUAGCAUGUUUAGCCCAUGUACUGUACGUGCUGCUCAUCGCUACAAUAUGAAGACAAGAAAAAAAUAAUUACAUUUUCUCUCUAUGCUAUAUAUCAUUCCAGAAUAAAUAUUUGUACAGUGUAGAUACUUUUCCUUGUAGAUAAUAAGCCAAAGUACGGUGAAGAUAUUUUUUUUCCCUCUAGAUAACAAGCAUAGCACCGAAUAAACAAUAUAGCACCGAAUUAACAAUAGAGUGAAGCUGGCUUUGAAAGUAGAUAAUACAAGAUAGAACUUGUGAUAUUUUAACUUCAAAAGGCAUCAUAGAACAUAAAUACAUAAGGGGGCAGUUAGCAGGCAAAAAAUUAUGGUGAGCUAACAGCCGCCAAACUGUGGGUGGCGGGUCAUGACGAGCAGGUAGGUGGUCUUCCUGCAGCAGGCAUUGGCAUACGUCAAGGAGAGGCUGUCCACGUGGGAGCAGGUCUCCCACAGCAGGACAGUGCAAGCAGUAGUGUUGCAGGUUACUGGAGUCAGGAGAGUGGCACAGGGACAGGAGGUAUAAUGAAGCUCGUCUGCCAAGCCCGCAACCUGCCACAGGGGUCGGUAGCAGAGUCUCAGCCGCGCCGACACCACACUGUGUUUUCGGACCCACAGGCCCCGACGGCGGUGCUCAAAGCGAUGAUGACGAAAUGCAUCAUGGUGCUGAAUGGUGACGCUGGCCGCCCGCUGGUCAUCCGUCCUGAUGCUGGUCGAGAGUAGAGAAGCUGCUCGGAUCCUGGACUUGAGGCACUGGAGGGAGGGGCUGGGGCCAGCGUGAGGGGCAGGCAGUCCUCAUGCAGCUUUAGCCAGGCGAUCCACGGCGUCACCAUGAGACAGUGAGACACGUGAGGGAUCCACACAAACUUGAUAUCUAGUGACCAGUCAUGAGCCAGAGCCAGGCCUGUCAAGAUCCUGUUCACCAGGUGACGAGGGGCAGGGUUCGAAGAUGUAAGGGCAUGAAGGGCUGCCUGUGAGUCACAUAUAAUAACCCCGUUUAGGCUGCCCUGACAGAGGGGACACAGCAUCCAAGAUGCCGUGCAGCUCACAGAACGUGGAACUGGAGUGAGUCGGCAGCCGACGCCCAACCCAGCCCACUUCUGGUGGUUCCGUGCCAGGGGAGAAAACUGCACCUCCCGCUGUGCCGUCCAUCUGCACAGACAGACCCAUCCGUGUAUGUGGUGCGGCGAAUCGAUGGUGGAGACUGUCGCUAUGGCGUCCAUUGCUAGGUGUUUCUGCAGGACCGGAGAGAGAGAGAGAGAGAGAGAGAGAGAGGGCGGAGAUAAGAACAGGAUGGGGGCAGGGGGAGGGAGACGGGAGUGGGGAGAGAGAGAGGUGGCUGAGUGAUACACGUCCUGACUGUCCUGCAAAACUAUACCUGCCCGAAUGUCUACUUCGCUCCUGCUGACUUCCCUUUCACUCGUCUCUCCACACAGUCCCGGCACCACCACCACCAUCCACUCUCUUCCUGCCUCCACUCUGACAUCCCUCGUCUCCCCGUCCCCUCAGCAUUAUUCGGGCACUCAAGAGGUUUGUAAUGACAUCAGCGUUUUCAUCCAAGGGUUACGUUAUGUCUGGAUUAAUGCAGUUCAUUAAAUCCAUUGCUAAUCCUUUCAUUGUGUAGAUUACAGAAUAAAAGAAAGUUUUUGCCCAGAAAUGAACAGUCGCUGUCUUAAGAUGAUCAGGUUGAGGUUAUUUCCACAAAACCCUAGAGGUGGCGUGACCAUUCUGACACAAGCUUGGCCGCGCGCACACGCCUUGCCUGCGCUGCACCGAGUCACUGGAAACUUCCGCUUUCAGAAACGCUUAGCUCUCUCAACACGACUGUUUUCCAAGGCCACAGAGAUGCCUAGCCGGGUUCUCAACAGUGUUUCUCCUGUUAACAAUGUAGAAAUCUUGUUAAUCUGUCACUGGAACUGAAAAAAAAAUCCUUAAACCUUAAAAAUCCUUUACAUUUUCAUCCCAACUGUUUUCCAAGGCCACAGAGAUGACUAGCCGGGUUCUCAAGAGUGUUUCUCCUGUUAACAAUGAAGAAAUCUUGUUAAUCUAUCUCUGGAACUGUAAAAACUCCCUUAAAAACGCUAUUUUCCACUAUUUUCCAAGGCCAGAGAUGAUUACCCUGGCUUUUUCCGGUUAACAAUGCAUAUAUCUAUUUUUUAAUCUGCCACUAGAACUAAAACAUCUUUAAAACCCGUGUCACUUCAACUAGAGCCUGAUGAAUAUAGCAGAGGUGGGCGCAGAAGGGUUUCAGAACAAGGUGGCGUGCGUAUUAGUCCCUGGAGCCACGCCCGUUCCCACACCUCGAUGCUUCCCUGUCUUAUGUUUAGGCAAGAGUUGUACAGGUCCCGUGCUUGGCGUGGGCAAUGGGGAGUAUCGGCCCAGUGAAGCGAAGGUAUGUUCAAAAAACGCGCCAAAAGUUCGAAGCACGACUUGAUCCCCUGAGCAUUCCACCUCGUGUUUCGCGUCGUCCUGUCUCUUGUCCUGGUGCUGCGAGUGCUGUGCGUGCCUCGGUGGUGCUGCGAGUGCUGUGCAUGCCUCGGUGGUGCUGCGAGUGCUGUGCGUGCCUCGGUGGUGCUGCGUGUGAGUGUUGGUGGUGUGCAGGCUGUGUUGUCCUGAGGGGGUCACAUUUGCAGCAGGUGUCAGUUUGUGGAGGUGUAAAGGCGGUGACCAGAUUUUUUGAGGAAAUUGUGUUGAGGUGGUCACUCAGAGCAAACCUCAGAUGCAUUUUAUUUAUUGCAUUUUUAUUUAUUGUUUUGUUAGUUUAUUUAUUUAUAUUUUUUACAUGUAGAAAAUUUUAUAAGAAGCUUUCUGGGGGGAUUACCGUAGCCUACUUAUUAGCAGACGCAAUUAAACCGUUUAUUUGUUUAUUUCUGCGCAAAAUAUGACGGCUAUUCAACAUGUGAUCUGUACAGUGAAGGAACCAGCUGUGAAAUUAGUGAACUGAAUGAAUCUAAACCUAACUGAAACCCGAGAUAGAAACGAUAAUAUCACACCAACAUUGACCACCUCUUCCUCUGCACCCGUCUCUCUCUCUCUCUCUCUCUCUCUCUCUCUCUCUCUGGUGUGUGUUGCCAGUUAUGAAGGGAAGUCUCUCAGAAUCGCCAAAUUAGAAGGUGAAAAGGAGUCAUUGUUGCCAUCACUAUUUAAUGCUGUGGUGAUGAACUGCUGUUGACAAGGGUUCCUCUGGUCACCACGAGGAAAGACACAUCCAUUAAACUGUUUCUCAUAUUCUGUACCUAAAUGUUGUCCCAGGUGCACACUGCUAUUACAUUUUUCCUUAUUUGAUGUGGCCAGAUUACAUUUUUUUCCUUAUUUGGUGUGAUCAGAUUACAUUUUUCCUUAUUUGGUGUGAUCAGAUUACAUUUUUCCUUAUUUGGUGUAGCCAGAUUACACAAAUUCCUUAUUUGGUGUGGCCAGAUUACAUUUUUUUCCUUAUUUGGUGUGAUCAGAUUACAUUUUUCCUUAUUUGGUGUGGCCAGAUUACAUUUUUCCUUAUUUGGUGUGGCCAGAUUACAUUUUUCCUUAUUCGGUGUGGCCGGAUUACAUUUUUUUCCUUAUUUGGUGUGAUCAGAUUACAUUUUUCCUUAUUUGGUGUGGCCAGAUUACAUUUUUUCCUUAUUUAGUGUGAUCAGAUUACAUUUUUCCUUCUUUGGUGUGGCCAGAUUACAUUUUUUUCCUUAUUUGGUGUGAUCAGAUUACAUUUUUCCUUAUUUGGUGUGGCCAGAUUACAUUUUUCCUUAUUUGGUGUGGCCAGAUUACAUUUUUUCCUUAUUUGGUGUGAUCAGAUUACAUUUUUCUUUAUUUGGUGUGGCCAGAUUACAUUUUUCCUUAUUUGGUGUUAUCAAAUUACAUUUUUCCUUAUUUGGUUUGGCCAGAUUACACAAAUUCCUUAUUUGGUGUGGCCAGAUUACAUUUUUUUUCCUUAUUUGGUGUGAUCAGAUUACAUUUUUCCUUAUUUGGUGUGGCCAGAUUACAUUUUUCCUUAUUUGGUGUGGCCAGAUUACAUUUUUCCUUAUUCGGUGUGGCCGGAUUACAUUUUUCCUUAUUUGGUGUGGCCAGAUUGCAUUUUUUUCCUUAUUUGGUGUGAUCAGAUUACAUUUUUCCUUAUUUGGUGUGGCCAGAUUACAUUUUUCCUUAUUUGGUGUGGCCAGAUUACAUUUUUCCUUAUUUGGUGUGGCCAGAUUACACAAAUUCCUUAUUUGGUGUGGCCAGAUUACAUAUAUUCCUUAUUUGGUGGGGUCAGAUUACAUUUUUCCUUAUUUGGUGUGGCCAGAUUACAUUUUUUCUUAUUUGGUGUGGCCAGAUUACAUUUUUCCUUAUUUGGUGUGGCCAGAUUACACAAAUUCCUUAUUUGGUGUGGCCAGAUUACAUAUAUUCCUUAUUUGGUGGGGUCAGAUUACAUUUUUCCUUAUUUGGUGUGGCCAGAUUGCAUUUUUCCUUAUUUGGCGUGGCCAGAUUACAUUUUUCCUUAUUUGGUGUGGCCAGAUUACAUUUUUCCUUAUUUGGUGAGGCCAGAUUACAUUUUUCCUUAUUUGGUGUGGCCAGAUUACAUUUUUCCUUAUUUGGUGUGGCCAGAUUACAUUUUUCCUUAUUUGGUGUGGCCAGAUUACAUUUUUCUCUAUUUGGUGUGGCCAGAUUACAUUUUUCCUUAUUUGGUGUGGCCAGAUUAUAUAUAUUUAGUGUGUGUGAUGACCCAAGGGAUGACUGAAGCAAUGGUUGUGGUGAUGACUGUAAUGGUGGUGACUGUGGUGAUGAGUGUAGUGAUGACAGCCCCUCUCUCAACACCACACUGAAGGGAACACUCUUGAGAACACCCUCAUGUGCAUCUGUGUGUGCGUCUGGGUCUCUAUGUGCGUCUGUGUGUGUGUCAGCCUCACGUGUGGCCCUGUGUGCGUCUCUGUGUGCGUUAAUCUCAAGUGCAUUGGUACGUGUGCGUCUGUGUGUGUUUGUGCGCGUGUGAGCCUCAUGUGCGUCUCUGUCUGCGUUAACCUCAAGUGCACCUGUAUGUGUGUCUGUGAGCGUGUGAGCCUCAUGUGCACGCCCGUGUGCGUCGCCAUGUGCGUGAAACCUGACCACCGUAUCCUGGUAGAUCCUGUAGAGCCAGUCAACGUCCAUGCAACACGUCACAUUCACCAGCUUGUCUCCGCGUAGCGACGACACAACACGCCUUCUCUCUUCCUGAGGUAGAUGCUGAAUACCCCCAAAGUGUGGCGGGUAGUGUGGGUGUGUGCGCGUGUUACCCACAUCCUCUUUGACCCACGCCCUGUAUGUGACCCCAAAGCCCCUCAGGCCACACGUGGCCCUGUACACCCUUGCAGACGCCGGGUCCACACCAAACGGCCAUAU